CGUGUGUUUAUGUCUCAUGACAUUGUGAAAUUGUCAUUGCUGUUGUAUUAUAAAAAUACUAACGAGAGCUUUUGUUUAAACGUAUUACAUAGAGAUUUUUAACUUUACUGUAGUUAGUUUUGUUCACUGUGGAAUGAGUUGUAUGUAAUUAUUGAAAUGGGAGCGCUUUUAAGUAUUUGCACAGUUGGGCAGUUAGCCUGCUGUUGUGGGAGUGCAGCAUGUGGACUUUGCUGCUCUGCCUGUCCAACAUGUAAAAGCUCCACUUCAAGUCGACUUAUGUAUGCAGUCAUGCUGUUGGUGACCACCAUAGUAGCGUGUGUCAUGUUGUCUCCUUCAGUCAGAGAUGGUCUUCAAAAGGUUCCAUUCUGUAAAGAAAAUGCUAUAUAUUCUGUGCCUUGUGAAAAUGCAGUUGGUUUUCUCUCUAUUUAUCGUAUUUACUUCUCCCUGACUCUGUUUUUUGUGCUAUUUUCUCUCAUGAUGAUUGGAGUCAAAUCAUCCAGAGAUUCACGGGCUGGAAUCCAAAAUGGAUUUUGGGCCAUCAAAUAUCUUAUUCUUAUUGGUGGAAUAGUUGGUGCCUUUUUCAUUCCUGAAGGAAAUACAUUUGGAAAAGUGUGGAUGUACUUUGGCCUGUUUGGUGGAUUUCUUUUCAUUCUUGUUCAGUUGGUGGUGCUAAUUGAUUUUUCUCAUAGCUGGGCUGAAAGCUGGGUUGAAAAGUCUGAGGAAAACAAUUCUAAUAGUUGGUAUUAUGCUUUAUUUUUCUUCACCCUCCUUCAUUAUGUUGCUGUUCUUACUUCAGUGGUGUUGUUUUACAUCUAUUAUACACAGGCCAGUGGUUGUGGUCUUCAUAUGUUCUUCAUCAGCAUCAACAUGAUAUUAUGUAUUGUAUUGUCACUGGUGUCAGUCUUGCCACAGGUUCAAGAAGUGCAGCCACGAUCAGGUUUGCUUCAGGCAUCACUGGUUUCAGUUUUCAUUACAUAUUUGACAUGGACCUCCUUGAACAAUUCACCAGUCAGUCAGUGCAAACCUUUGAUCUGGCAGACUAGCAACAAGAGCUACUUUGAUGUUCAGAACAUCAUAGGCUUGGUUUUGUCAUUUAUAUGUAUUCUGUAUUCAUGCAUAAAAUCAUCCAGUAAUGGGUUGUCAAGUGAGGUUGGGUCAGAAGAGAAUGUAAUAGUGAGUGAAAGAGCAGAUGGAGUCAACACUAAUGAUGAAGAACGUGGCGUGGCUGAAGACAACGAAGAGCAUGGUGUGGUGUACAGUUGGUCUGUUUUUCAUUUCACCCUUUCCCUUGCCUCACUUUAUUUGAUGAUGACUUUAACAAAUUGGUACAGCCCUGAUUCAGUCAUUAAUUUAAGUGAGAGUACAGCAUCAAUGUGGGUAAAGAUGUCAUCAUGUUGGUUAUGUUCGAUUAUGUAUGUGUGGUCGCUGGUGGCUCCUGUGGUCUUACCUGAUCGUGACUUCAGCUAGAGCUUCUUACAACUGGAAACUCGGUGAUGCAAGUAUAAGUGGAUUACUAUUUAGCUAUUUCUGUAAACCCCCAUUUUAUUUCAGUUUGGGUUAAAAGUAUGGAAAUGUUAACUGCAGAAUGUAUAAUGGUGUAAGCUAUAUUGUGCACUUUAAAGAAGUAUGGUAAAAAGAAAAAUUGGUUUCAGUCUUUUUGUUGUAGUUAGUUAGUUAUUUUUGCUUAGAGUAUAAGGCUGAAACUAGGUACUAAGUGUGAUGUGUGUAUCUCAGAUCUAAAAAUAUCAAAUAUUUUGCUUUUAUUGCAUAUUUAAUGUACUAUGGCAUAAAAUCAUGUAAUACAAAAAGGUAUACAUAUCAAUUUUUCGAGUAGUGUGCAGUAUCUGUUAAAGAAAAAAAAAUUAUUGUUGAUAUAUUUAGAUUGGUAAGCAUGUGACUGUCAGAGUUGAUAGCUGUUUUCUGAAUCAAAUCAUAGACAUAUCAAACCUUAAAUUCUGAGGAGUCUGGUAUCAUUUUAAAAUAUUUUGUCAUGGUAAGACCAAAAUUAAAAGGUUGUAACAUCAAGCAUACUUUAUAGUGUUACUGUUGAGAUUGUAUAAAGGAUAGACAAUAAAAUGAAAACACUUAUUCAAAAAAAUUGAAACAUUGAACCUUCAGGGCAGUAUUAAUUAUGUUUGGUUACGUAUAUUGAAACAAUAAGGUAUUGGAAGAUUUCAAGUUAGGAGAGCCAAUAAUUUUUUUAGGGAUGUCAGAGCAGGAGAGUGUUGUCAAAUUUGAGUUUUAGGAAUAUCCUACAUUAGUUUAGUAGAAUCUAGUGAUUGGGUAGUUCAUAGUGGAUGAUUGAGGCUUAUCUGUUGCUUGGAAAACCAACCUGUAGUGAAUAAACAAAAGUCUAUACUCACAAAAUACAGUCCAUCCAUAAUGAAACUAUCAGCACUCUCUCUCUCUCAGUAAAAUCACGAAUUUUAAUCCCUUGGGCUCUCUAGGCUGUACCUGACAUACUUUCAGGUAAAUGGGACCAAAUAGAAUGUUGAUUCUUGACCAGAUCAGUUUUCAACAUAGUUCCAGAGUCCACAGUUUAUGGUUAUUGCAUAUGCAAAGUUGUAUUUCCUGGAGAAUGAAUGACUUGUGUAUUAUUGCUGUACACUAGUUUCUCAAGUGAUUUAAGCUUGUAUUUACAGGUACCCAAGACACUGGUUGCUUGCAUUCAUCAUUCAGUUCUGAGUGUGUUUAAUUUGCUGUUAUCUUUCUAUUUCAUUUCACAGUAUGGCUCAGUGUGCAUUGUUACUGAUUACAUAUUGUAGGUGUUUACCUUUGAGAUUUUACUAGUGUUUGCUGAGUUCUGCUAUCACAUUUUUUGCAGUUUGUUAAAUAUUUCAUAGAUGGUGUUUAGAAUUAAUUUAUCACAGGAACAGCUGACAGACAGAGAGAGAGAGAGACACACACACACUUUGUGUAUUUGAGAAAUUGCAUAAAAUUUGUAUUAUCAGUGUGCAGAAUCAUGCAUUUCUUUUGAAAAGGAUGAAAUUGUAACUGAAGUGAGCAAUUUAUUUUUGUAAACCCAUCUAGUUAGGCAAAUUCACAAAUGAUCUUUAAAAGUAUUUUUCAGAUUUAGCAUCUUAACGAAUUCAUAAUUAUGUUCAAGGUUAACAUUAGUCCUCC